GCGGGCAUUUAAUUGGGCGCAUUCCUCCGCGGAGGCACAGAGAGACGUUAGGAACAGCUAAAGGCUAAGAAUGAGUUUUAUUUUGAAAAGAGUGUCGAGUCUGUGUGAGUCUCCUCAAGCAGAAGUAGUCACUACGCAUUACUCAUUUUAAAGAGAGCUCCAAUGGGCCAGUGAAGAAGUCUAUGCGGGAGAAGGCUAUCGAAAGGCGCAACAUCAACAAGGAACACAACAGUAACUUCAAAGCCGGCUAUGUACCCAUAGAGGAGGAGCGUCUUCAUAAGACUGGGCUGAGAGGUCGCAAGGGAAACAUGGCCGUUUGUAUCAUCGUCCUCCUCUUCCUCCUUGCCCUCAUUAACCUCAUUAUCACCCUGGUAAUAUGGACAGUAAUCCGAAUUGGCCCAAAUGGCUGUGACAGUAUGGAGUUCCAUGAGACUGGGCUACUGCGGUUCAAGCAGAAGGCGGAUAUGGGCAUCGUUCACCCUCUGCAUAAGAGCACAGUAGGAGGCCGGAAAGACCAGGACCUAGUCAUUACUGGCAACAAUAAUCCAGUUGUUUUCCAGCAAGGCACCACUAAGCUGAGUGUAGAGAAGGACAAGACCUCAAUCGUCAGUGACAUCGGCAUAUCUUUCACUGACCCCCGUACACAGACCACUUUCUUCAGCACAGACUUUGAAAACCACGAGUUCCAUCUGCCCAAAGGAGUCAAAGUGCUCAGCGUGAAAAAGGCUUCCACAGAGAGGAUCACCAGCAGUGCAUCAAAUGACCUGAAUAUCAAAGGGGACAGCAAGGCUAUCAUUCGUGGCAAUGAGGGGGUUAACAUCAUGGGUCGGACUGUGGAGUUCAAAAUGGGUGGAGGCAUUGAGCUUAGGGCUGAGAACAGCAUUAUCCUGAAUGGGUCAGUUAUGUUCAAUGCUACCCGCAUCCCCAACUCCUCAGGUGAUGUGUAUUUUGACGAGGGGCUGGAGAGGUACAAGCUGUGCAUGUGUGCAGACGGGACUCUGUUCCGUGUCCAGGUGAAGUAUCCCAACAUGGGCUGCCAGACGUCAGACAACCCAUGUGGAACAGCUCACUAAGAGACUGGAAUAGGAUCUGCUGUAUAAUCGCCCAGAGAUCAGCCACCACCGACAUCAGAUGAACCACUUGCAAAUUAAAACCACAGGAUGCCCUUCACAACUCACAUGUAAUGAUGCCUCCCUGUAAAACCUCUUGUUCCUUGUUUUGUUUUGUUCAUUUUUUGCCAAACAGAGAUUGUGUUACUCUAUGAAUCAUCCACUUGGCCAAAGAUAUAUAUACUGUAUGUAAGCGCUGAAGUAUUUUAAUUGCUCUGUAGGUUUUGCUGACUGCAUCUAAAAUACAUGUUACAAUGGCAGCACUUUACACUCCUUUAUUUCGUAUUUUACUGUGGUUUACAUCGCCAGCUGUUUUGGAUUACAAGCUAUAGCAGUUACCAUUUUGCAUCUUCAUACAGUAUUAUUGAUACCCAAACCCUGCAGGGCAAGUUGCUUGGAAUUUUAUUUGCUGGUGUUCAUUGUUUCUGGCAGCUCUUUCCCCAUUAUCAAGCACUGACACAAGUGUUACACUACACUACAAUUAUUAUUAUUUAAUAAUAGUUAAUGAACUGCAGAUUUGUGACAAAUUGUGACUAAAAGGAAACAUUUUAAGCCAUCAGUUAUUGGUAAUGGCAGGUCAAAUGUAGAUCUCUUUAAACACAUUUUUGCCUUUGCAUAAUGCACAUGUGCACUAAGGGAUUAUACUGAAAUGUAAAAAAAAAAAAUUGUUCCAAAAAUACGUUUUGUACAUUUAAUUAGUAUAAUAUUAAACAUUAUUUGACAAACAAAUAAGUUACACUUCAAAUUAAUAUUAAUAAUGAUUAAAUUACACUACAGAUCUUAAAUGUUAAUGAAGGUCAUGUGCCAGUUUGAAUCAUACAGUUACCUUGGUUUGAAAUCUGUAUUACUGAGUGGUAUGAAUUUUGUGCAAUAUAGUGUAGAAGUUUGAGAUUUGAUUUAUUUUGCCUUGGAUUGUCUUGUCUGUUUUUUUAACAUUCAUUACUUAUGUUGAAAGCUUGCAAACAAUGUCCUGAAAUGAAGUGAUUAUUCUCAAAGCAUUACAGUCUAAAUGCCUGUUGUGAAGGAACUUUCUGAGUGUCUUUGCUUUUACUAAGUGGAAAUUUUGUUGUCAAAAAGAGAAAAUGGCAAUGACCCUUAUUUAAAAAACCUGUCCAGGAUUUCAUUGCCAAAUUUGUUUCAAUAAAGAAUUAUAUGUUUGAA